CGGCUUCCCCUUUGUUGGGCAAUAGAACUCAGACACUGUUCACCUCUUAGAAGCCUCAUUCAACCAAUACCUCCAAGUUUUCUCCAGUUUGUAAGCUAUGGGUGGAAACUGGAGGAACAGGUAGAAGCUUGAACAUCUUAGGGAAGAUCAGACGGAGGAAAGCAAACCUCUCUGAAAUGUCACGUCAUCAAGAAUGGCAGCAGUUGGAGUAACUUUGGAUUCCUGGACUGAAUCUUGACACAACACUUUGAGGUUUGCUAUAACAACUGGAUUUUGAUUGUCUAGAUGGUAACCUGAAACCACUGUGAAAACCUCACAGCUUAUAACUUCUUUUGUAAUUUCCAUUGGAUAAUGUUACAUUUGCAAAAUGAGAUCUAAAUCUGAGCCAUCUCCCUCCAAAACCUGGUGGUCCUCUUGUCUCUCCUCUCUCUGGUGUCCUCACCAGUGCAAAUCUAAGGAUCCCGCCCCAUCUCCCUUUGCCCAUGCAUUGGCCUCUGGCAUUCUUAUUGAUGGAUCGAAAACCAAUUGUGGACCAGGCCUUUCAGCCUUUGGACAUGCAGAUUCCGAAUUAAAUCAAAGCUUUAGAAUAGAUCUCCAACAACCAUAUGAAGAAAGACACCACUGUGUGAGGACACAGUGGAACGGUGGCUGUCCUGUAAGUAUGGUUUCUCCAUGUUCCUGUUGGUGUUCUCCCAUACUGCAUUGGAUGACUUCAUUGCAGCCUCAGUUCUGAGCACACAGCUCGUUCACUCUGUGUCGCGCAUUCCAACACUCUAGAAAACCCACAAACUGUUGCCUUCCCGCGACUCAGAUUCAAGACGACUGCAUAUUGUGAGUUGCAACGUUUCUAGAAACAGGAAUGGCAAAAAACAAAGACUUUGACAAGUAAUUUUCCCACCGUCAUUCCUGUAUCUAAUUGGAAUCUUUUUCUUUGGACCGUGCUGCGUUGAAAUGCUCGGUUUUUGAAACUGCUGUUUGAAUUGCUGACUUCAGUUUCAUAAAUAAUUAUCAGAUGGUUAAAUUAGAUAAAUUUGUUUUUAUAAAAUGAACAGAAUUUUCUGCCAUUUCUGAAAUGGCCCCAAACAUACUUCUGUCAUUUUAUGAGUGAAUUCAUAUAGCAUGGUGUUUUCUGCACUGCUCGUUAAAAAUGUUAAACUCUGAAAAUAGCUGGAGAUAACCUAAGUCCUACAGCAUCUAAUACUGAAUACUCCUGUAUAAAAGUAAAAAGCACAUUUAUCUUGCUGGUGUGUAAAUUUGCUUCCAUCUUUAAUAAAUGGUAAAGUGAUCUCUAUAUAAAAGAAUUAUCUCUCUCCUUCUUCCUCGGCGCUGCCUGUGAGGUGGCUGCCAUCUGUUUUGCGGCAUCAUGGCUGCCCUUCGGCCUCUGGUGAAGCCCAAGAUCGUCAAAAAGAGGACCAAGAAGUUCAUCAGGCACCAGUCGGACCGAUAUGUGAAAAUUAAGCGAAACUGGCGGAAACCCAGAGGCAUCGACAACAGGGUGCGGAGAAGAUUCAAGGGCCAGAUCCUGAUGCCCAACAUUGGUUACGGGAGUAACAAGAAAACCAAGCACAUGCUGCCUAGCGGCUUCCGGAAGUUUCUGGUCCACGAUGUCAAGGAGCUGGAAGUGCUGCUGAUGUGCAACAAAUCUUACUGUGCUGAGAUUGCUCACAAUGUGUCCUCUAAGAACCGAAAAGCCAUCAUCAGAGUCACUAAUCCCAACGCCAGGCUACGCAGCGAAGAGAAUGAAUAGAUGGCUUGUGUGCCUGUUAUAUGUUCAAAUAAAACCACAAAAACUGCAAAAAAAAAAAAA